AUGGAGCCACAGGAGAAGUCCUUCUCGCCCAUCGGUUCUUGGCGAAAUCUCAGUGUGGGAAGCAAGAGUGCCUCCACCUCAUCGGGCUAUGGAACUCCGUGCGCAGUGCAUGGGGAGAGCUAUUGUCGACACACCGCAGUACCCUGCAGCUCUGCCUCCACCGGCUACUAUACCAGGCACGACGCCAACUUGAGCUUUGACAUUAUGGUUGAGGACACAAAACUUGAUGCCUCGGCCAACUACAGAAAGAAGUCUUAUAACGCCCACAAGCAGCGUUCGGGAGGUACGCAGUAUCAUCGGCUAAGCGAUAACUCAUCACCUCCACGUUGUUUGGAGUGCCAACGGAAAGUGACUGCGGAUAAAGCUCGCCUUUUCGAUGCCAGCCCUGGUCCCCGAAGGCAGCAGAUGCGACAGUACCGACCAGCUCAUCAUCUCGGCCAACAUCAGUAUAGCCAAGUUAAUAGAAAUAGUUAUGGUUAUUACCGUGAUCACUGCAAUCCAAACCACAACUACCACCGUCAGAACAACUCUCCCUACUUCUCCUCCAGUACCAAUGCCAUCAACAUCUGCUGGAACGAAAAUGAUGAAAGCUAUCCUCCUGUUCAUGUCGUCCGACCAUCUCCACCCAUCUACCGGGCUCCAUUAAGAAGUCUGGACGAGGAGGCCACUGAGAUUUACAACGAACUUUUGGAUACAGCUGACAUGCUGGCUUUAAUGGAACAAAAGACAAGACCAUCCGAAGCUCUACGCACAGAUGCUGAGGUGAAGCCUCCAUCGAUUUCGCAAAGGCGCAAGUCGUGCUGUGAUUUGCCAACUGUGGUCUUGUUGAAGGAGAGCAAGGAAAAGAUCACUUCUCGACCCUUUCCCAAACCGUUAGACAGGCGAAGACAACGGAGGACGGAUCAACAGCGCACGCCAACCAACAUGACACCUCAGUGUCCUCCCAGAAAGCCUAGACCCAUUCACCACUCAGUGGACGCCUUAAUGCUAAACAGGGACGAGGAGAGUGCAUUGGCAGCUCUGGAGGCUGUGGUGAAUUUGGAUUACCUAAAGCCCAAACCCAGUCGCCUCACUAACAGUGGCGCCAAUAGCGGUCCCACGCAGAUAAUCCGUGCCUAUCUCGGUGAGACAGAGGAUGGGUGGGUGGGGCAACAAGCUCGCCAUGUGAAUGGGAAUGUUAGUCCUAACAAUCAUAGCUGCGUUGAAAUUGAUGGUGAUGAUGACGAUACUGAGAAACUGGGACCGGAAACGCUGCCGCUAGAUACAUUGGACAUCGGAACAGUGGGUCAGGGGAGUGGAAGCUACUCUGAAUUCACGACUUCAGAGGAUACGAGCUGUCCUUCCGACCUUGAAGUUUAA